AUGUCGAAAAGGCAAGCAGAGCUCCCGCUGGAGGAGAAUAUUCCAGGGUCACCAGCCUCAAAAAAGGCGCGUGUUGAGGAUGGGGAUGAGGUCGAAUCUCAUGACGGCGCGGCACCGGCGCAACGAGCGAACGCGAACGAGCAGCUAGAACAGGACGAUCCCAAUGGCGCGCAUACUGGAGUGGUAGCGAAGAAUGGAGGAGAUGGCCUGCAAGGCAAUGCAGAGAGUGAUUCAGAUCUCUCGGAUAUCGACGAAGAUGUCUCCGCUCUCAGUGCGCCCAAACGACAAAACCAGCCCAUGGAGGGAUAUGGCGACCUCUAUCUUGACACCAUCAAUCGCGGGGUACUCGAUUUCGAUUUUGAAAAGCUUUGCUCCAUCAGUCUCUCGAACAUCAAUGUGUAUGCUUGUCUUGUCUGUGGAAAGUAUUUCCAAGGUCGCGGUCCAAAGUCGCAUGCGUACUUCCACGCUCUCGAAAUUGGGCAUCAUGUCUUUAUUAACAUCGGCACAAAGAAGGUGUAUGUGCUUCCGGAGGGCUAUGAAGUGAAGAGCAAGAGCUUGGAUGAUAUCAAAUAUGUGGUGGAUCCUCACUACUCUAAAGAGCAAGUAGUCAAGAUGGACAAAGAGGUCCAGGAUGCCUGGGACCUCCAAGGCGCCCGUUACAGACCAGGAUUUGUUGGUAUGAACAACAUCAAGGCCAAUGAUUACCAGAACGUUGUGGUGCAACUUCUAGCCCAUGUUCUCCCAAUCCGCAACUUCUUCCUCUUGCAUGACUUUCCGGCAUUAAGCACACCCCAACUAGCUCUCCGAUUCAGUACACUGGUGCGAAAACUCUGGAAUCCAAAGGCAUUUCGAUCUCAUGUUUCUCCGCACGAAUUGCUGCAGGAGAUUACAUUACGAUCCUCCAAACGCUUUACCUUGAGCCAACAAUCAGACCCGGUGGAAUUUUUGUCCUGGUUUCUUAACAAUCUCCACCUCUCACUGGGUGGAUCCAAGAAGCCAUCUUCGACACCCACUAGUGUGGUUCAUGCUGCUUUUCAAGGUCGUGUACGCAUAGAAUCCCAGGCUAUCACAGCACACUCCGACACCCAGAAUGCACGUCUGGUCUUCACAGAAUCUGGCGACAUCAAUAGCCAAGUCAUCCCAUACCUUAUACUUACAUUGGAUCUCCCACCAACUCCCCUCUUCCAAUCCGCCAACCGGGAAUCCAUUAUUCCACAAGUACCUCUCACCACCCUCCUCAACAAGUACAACGGCCUAAAUGCCUCUGAAAAGAUGGCCCACCGUGUCAGACAUCGCCUCCUUCAUCCCCUUCCUCCUUAUCUUCUUUUCCACAUCAAACGUUUUAGCAAGAACCGUUUUGUAUCUGAGCGGAACCCAACUAUUGUCACUCACCCUAGCCCCCGAUCCCUCGACAUGUCACCAUAUGUCGAGCCAAACCCUGAUAUCUGGCCUCCGGGUGAACCAAUUCUGUAUGACCUCGUUGCAAAUAUCAUUCUAGACCCUGCGAUCGCUGCCCCAGGGGCCACCGAAGAUGCAGCCGAUAAGGGUGUGAACGCGGCAUCUGGCGCAGGUGGCUCAUCUUCUGGAGCUGGAGGUGGCAGUGAGAAGGUGUCAUGGCUUGUUCAGCUCCACGACAAGGCCAUGUCUGCUGAUAAUGCACACCAUCAAGGAGGCGUUGCAGAACAGCGUGGUCCGGAAUGGCUGGAGGUCCAGGAUCUGUUCGUCAAACGGGCAGAGAGCGAGACUCUGUUUACUCGUGAAGGAUACCUGAUGGUUUGGGAACGCAGAAAGGUCCCCGGCCAGAAGGGUAAAGGCCGAGCUGGUGCUAAAUGA